AUGAAGGGACAACGUACUGGGCACCAAGUGCUCAACCUCAAUACUAAGAAGAUGAUUUCCCGACCCAAGGUCGUUGUACUACCCGUUACCAAUCAAGUAAUCCAGCAUGUUGAAGCCUGGACUGCUGCCAAAGAACAAGGUUACUUAGAAGAAGUCUUUGAUCAGGACUAUGAACCUGAAGAUGAAGAUGAACGUGAUUUCAACCUACGUGGACAAUUUGAUGAUAUCGAUGACUCCGAAAGAGAAGAGCUCUUGGCAGAUGCAGACAAUGAUGUUGAUGAUAUGCCAGAACUCACUGUCAGAUUCCAAGGAGAUGAUGACUAUGAAUCAGAUGAAGAUUUGGGUGAUGAAGGCGAUGAAGAGGAAGAACCUAUUGUGGCUGAUUUGAAUCACCAUCAAGAAAAUGUUGAUAGAGGAACCGAUGAUAUUGGGAGCCUCGUUACUGAUCUGGAGGACUUACAAGAGCCGCCAAAAGAAGAGAUUGUAUUUGAGCCUGAAGAGCCUCAAGUAGCAAAAGUCACUUGA